UUUUUCUUUAAGGUAAAUGGGGGCCGUGUACAUGGUGACUGCCGGUAAACUAACCGAACACUCACUUCUACCAGAUAUACAUAAAAUAUAAUCCCAACCUAAAAAUUAAGUAAAUAUAAAAAUGUCAAAAUGUUUAAUAUAGUAAAUACAAAAUAAUUAAUGAAUAAUAAUUAAUUUUAUAAUUUUUGUAAAUAAAUGCAGAAAAAAUGAGUGGAAGCAGAGGUUUCGGUUUUUCUGGUUUUCAAUUGAACAAGCGAAACAGUAAUAAUGCUGUUCCACCUCCACCGUCAAGUGGUGUUAGUAAACAAGGAUAUUCGACUAUGAAUGCUAUAAGUCAAACCGCGUUAGCAGCUACUUGGUCUUUACCGCGAAAACGAGCUAAAACAGAAGACGAAUAUUUUGAUGAAGAUGACGAAGAUCAAAGUUCAGUUCCAUCAUUGGCGUAUAUACCAGCACCUGGAAGUCCAUCAUACAAAGAGAGUAAUAAAAAUGACAAGGAUGAUGACGAUUCUGAUGAAGAUCCAUUAGAUGCAUUUAUGGCUGGCAUCCAACAAGAGGUAGAUCGUUCAGCCUCAAGCUCAAAUCAAGGUAACUCUACAGAACCAGAUAAAAUGAAAGGAAUUCGAGAUGAUAUCGAAGAAGAAGAUGUGGAAGAAUCAUAUUAUAGAUAUAUCGAAGAAAACCCUACUGCAGGGUUAAUUGACGAAGGUAGUGAUCAAGAAAUUGAAUAUGAUGAAGAUGGUAAUCCAAUAGCUCCACCACGGAAAAAGGAAAUCGACCCGUUACCACCCAUUGAUCAUAGUGAAAUCGAAUAUCAACCUUUUGAAAAAAAUUUUUAUACUGUACAUGAAGAAAUUGCUAAUUUAACUGAACAACAAGUGCGAGAUUUACGAAAAACUUUAGGAAUUAAAGUCACAGGACCGUCACCACCUAACCCUGUAACGAGUUUUGGUCAUUUUGGUUUUGAUGACGCGUUAACGAAACAAAUUAUAAAAUCUGAGUACACCCAACCCACACCUAUUCAAGCUCAGGCAAUUCCAGCUGCGCUAAGCGGUAGGGAUAUUAUUGGUAUUGCGAAAACAGGUAGUGGUAAAACUGCUGCUUUUAUUUGGCCUAUGAUUUUACACAUAAUGGAUCAGAAAGAACUGCAGCCAGGUGAUGGACCUAUUGGUUUAAUAUUGGCUCCUACAAGAGAAUUAUCUCUUCAGAUUUAUAACGAAGCUAAGAAAUUCGGAAAAGUCUAUAAUAUUCAAGUAUGUUGUUGUUAUGGAGGUGGAUCUAAAUGGGAACAAUCUAAAGCUUUAGAAAGUGGUGCUGAAAUAGUUGUUGCUACACCAGGACGAAUGAUUGAUCUAGUUAAAAUAAAAGCAACAAAUCUUAGAAGAGUAACAUAUUUGGUUUUAGAUGAGGCAGAUCGAAUGUUUCAUAUGGGUUUUGAGCCUCAAGUUCGAUCAAUUUGUAAUCAUGUAAGACCGGAUCGACAAACAUCUCUUUUUAGUGCUACAUUCAAGAAACGAAUUGAAAAACUAGCUAGAGAUAUUUUAACCGACCCCAUUCGAAUUGUACAAGGUGACGUUGGAGAAGCGAAUGCCGACGUAACACAAUUUGUAUUAACUAUGAAUAACGUAAAUGAAAAAUGGAAUUGGUUACUUCGAAGUAUUGUUCAAUUAGUUUCCGCUGGAAGUGUACUUAUUUUUGUUACUAAAAAGCUUGAUGCUGAGCAAGUGGCACAUAAUCUAAUUGUAAACGAACACGACGUAUUACUAUUACAUGGUGAUAUGGAUCAAAUUGAACGAAAUCAAGUAAUUACUAAAUUUAAAAAGAAGGAAGUUAGUAUACUUGUCGCAACUGAUGUGGCUGCACGUGGUCUUGACAUUCCACAUAUACGAACUGUUGUCAAUUAUGAUAUAGCUAGAGAUAUUGAUACGCACACUCAUAGAAUAGGUAGAACUGGACGAGCUGGCGAAAAAGGGCAAGCUUAUACACUCGUUACAGAUAAAGACAAAGAGUUUGCCGGUCAUCUGGUCCGGAAUUUAGAAGGAGCAAAUCAGGAAGUACCAAAAGCUUUAUUGGAUCUUGCACUUCAAAGUUCGUGGUUUAGAAAAUCGCGAUUUAAGAGUGGAAAAGGAAAAAAUUUGAAUGUUGGAGGUUCUGGUUUAGGAUUUAAAGAACGACCUGGUUUACACGCUGAUGGCCAGAGUAUUUCACAAUCAAUAAGCAAAUCAAUUUCAAAAUCUGGACCAGCAACUGACAGGCUGUCAGCAAUGAAAGCAGCAUUCAAAUCACAGUAUCAAAAUCAAUUUACGGCAUCAUCUGAUCAUUCAUGGGAAGAACAAGUACAACCGCAGCCAGGAAUUAAUGCACCGCUUGUGCAGCCAGAAAGCAAACGAAAAGGAAAGAAAAGUCGUUGGGAGUAACAUUUUUAAUGAUUAUUCAUUAAUUUACAUUAUUUUAUAAAUUAUGUCUAAGUAAGUAUUUACUUUGCAAUUGUGUAAUGUGGAAUUUAAUUUGUAUUUAUAUAUACGUUGAAACGCAUUAAAAAUCUGAAUUGAA